AUGGCCUGAGCGGCCAUGUCCGGCGUGGUGCGGACCCUCAGCCGCUGCCUGCUGCCGGCCGAGGCCGGCGGGGCCCGCGAGCGCAGGGCGGGCGGCGGCGGGGCCCGCGACGCGGAGCGCGAGGCGCGGCGGCGCAGCCGGGACAUCGACGCGGGGCUGGCCCGCGAGCGGCGCGCCGUGCGGCGCCUCGUCAAGAUCCUGCUGCUGGGCGCGGGCGAGAGCGGCAAGUCCACCUUCCUCAAGCAGAUGCGCAUCAUCCACGGCCGCGAGUUCGACCAGAAGGCGCUGCUCGAGUUCCGCGACACCAUCUUCGACAACAUCCUUAAGGGCUCAAGGGUUCUGGUUGAUGCACGAGACAAGCUUGGUAUUCCUUGGCAGUAUUCCGAAAAUGAGAAGCACGGGAUGUUCCUCAUGGCCUUUGAGAACAAAGCGGGGCUGCCCGUGGAGCCUGCCACCUUUCAGCUGUACGUACCUGCUCUGAGCGCGCUCUGGAGGGAUUCUGGCAUCAGGGAAGCUUUCAGCCGGAGGAGCGAGUUUCAGCUGGGUGAAUCAGUGAAGUACUUCCUGGAUAACUUGGACCGGAUUGGCCAGCUGAAUUACUUUCCUAGCAAGCAGGACAUCCUGCUGGCGAGGAAGGCCACGAAGGGCAUCGUGGAGCAUGACUUUGUCAUCAAAAAAAUCCCUUUCAAGAUGGUGGAUGUGGGCGGCCAGCGGUCUCAGCGCCAGAAGUGGUUCCAGUGCUUUGAUGGGAUCACGUCGAUCCUGUUCAUGGUCUCGUCCAGUGAGUACGACCAGGUCCUCAUGGAAGACAGGCGCACCAACCGCCUGGUGGAGUCCAUGAACAUCUUUGAGACCAUCGUUAACAACAAGCUCUUCUUCAACGUCUCCAUCAUCCUGUUCCUCAACAAAAUGGACCUCCUGGUGGAGAAAGUAAAGACUGUCAGCAUCAAGAAGCACUUCCCAGACUUCAAGGGUGACCCCCACAGGCUGGAGGACGUCCAGCGCUACCUGGUCCAGUGUUUCGACCGGAAGAGACGGAAUCGCAGUAAGCCACUCUUCCACCACUUCACCACCGCCAUAGACACCGAGAACAUCCGCUUCGUGUUUCACGCUGUGAAGGACACCAUCCUGCAAGAGAACCUGAAGGAUAUUAUGUUGCAGUGAAGGAGGACGCCCCUCACUCUUGUGGUCCUUCAGCAGCCUCGCCGGCCACAGGCCAGAUCUCCCCGGUGCCCCGGAGCGGGUUUCCCGAAUCUGUGCCCCCAACACCUGGCUCAGGGGUGCCGUGAGGCCCGCCACGCUCUAGGCCAAAGGACGCGACACUUCGAUGUUAGCUACUGAAUCCUGGGGACUAGUGAAACUACUGAAAAUCCGGGCGAUCACUUUGGUAUUAAUGUGUAAUGCUUAAUAACACAGCUUUCUUUCUUUUUACAGAAACUAUUCCUUCUCUGACACAAUGUAAUCGAGGACUGCGUGUGUGUGUGCGCACACUCUGUCUUUAAUGACAGAAACACGAAAACCGACAUCUCUGCAGAUGGCUUUUCUCUCUAACUCGAGAGUGCUUGGUGAGGAGUGUUGCCGGGGCAGCGGGGGGAGGGUGGUUUGUAGGAGGUGAAGCGUGGGCUGUCGCCACCACUUCCCCAAGGGAGCGUGCUGCCUUUUAAGUCUCUUGUGCCGAUGUCCCGAGAGGCCCUGGCCCGGCCGUCAGAUGAGAGGGUGGCAGUGAGAGCUGGCAGUGUGGACUUAAGGCCCCACAGCCUGCACUUCCUUCCCGCCCUGCCCCCUUCCCUCUGCACAGGGCAGUGCCCGCUGCCUCUGUGCCCACCCUCCCUGCCCCUCGGCAAAAACUUCAACCAGCUGGCCUUGCAGAUGACUCUUCUGUCUUCUGAGUCGUCUCCGACGCUGCAGUCGGCUGCAGGGAGCCUUUCCUUCUUUGGAGGAAGUGGAGAGCUCCUUUCCUCUCAGGGGCUUCCGAGAGCUGGCGGCAUUGCCAGCGGAGCCCUCGUUAUUGCCCCCGGGCUCCGCGCUGCCUCCUGGUGGCCGAGAAUUGAGGUUCUCAUCACGGUCUCUUGCUUCUACUAACGUACACAUGUAGCAGGAAAAGUGUUGGACAUGGUCUCCUCUGAGUGAAACUGCAGAGGCUGUGAAUGUCGACGCGAGCUGGUCAAUCUUACACUCAGUUAACUUGUCCGGUUACUCUGUCCAGGUGUCUUUCACUGUGUUUAAAAAUACAUUGCAUUCCAAACUGGUC